AUGCGCCGCUGGGGCCCGCGCUGGGCGGCGCAGCGGCUCCUCCGCCUGGCCGGGCCUGACCCGCGGCCUAGCGCCGUCGCUAUGGCAACCGAGGCCUGCGGGGGCCCAACCGGCGCCAUGGAGGCCGCGCUGAGCCGCGCCGUCCCGCCGCUGCCGCCUUACGAGACCCGGGAGAAGGCGGCGGCGCCGGCCGGGGCUGCCCUGGAGCAGCGCGGCGCCGAGUUCAUGCGCUACUACCGGGGCCUGGAGGCCGGCCGGCCGCGGGCAGAGCUGCUGGCCCGCCUGGCGCGGGACUUCGGCGUCGAGCACGGCCGGGUGGCCGAGAGCAGCGCCCGGGUGCUGCGGCUCCACCGGCAGCAGCAGCAGCAGCAGGAGGAGGACGAGGCCGGCGCCCUCCUGCAGGCCGAGGACCGGCUCCGCCACUCCCUGACGCCGCGCUACCGGGGCCUCUUCCAGCACCUGGGCAGGCACGAGGGCGGCCUCUGGUUCCUGGUGGAGCUCCGCAGGGACCUGCUGGAAGCCCUGGCCGCCAGGCAGGCCGAAGGGCCCCACGUCAGGGAAAUGAAUGGGGUGCUGAAGAACAUGCUGUCAGAAUGGUUUUCCACUGGAUUCCUAAGCUUGGAACGUGUUACGUGGCAGUCACCUUGUGAGAUACUUCAAAAGAUUAGUGACAGUGAAGCCGUACAUCCUGUGAGAAACUGGAUGGACAUGAAGCGCCGAGUUGGGCCUUACAGAAGGUGUUACUACUUUGCCCAUUGUGCAAUGCCUGCCGAGCCACUGAUCGUUUUGCAUGUUGCACUUACCGAUGAGAUAUCCAGCAGCAUCCAGGCCAUAGUGAAAGAGGUUCCUCCUACAGUAGUGGAGGAUCUGAACAAAAUCACCACAGCAAUUUUCUAUUCAAUCAGCUUGACUCAGCAGGGCCUACAGGGCGUGGAGCUGGGGACAUAUCUCAUCAAACGAGUCGUUAAGGAACUUCAGAUGGAGUUUCCACAGAUCAAAGCUUUCUCUACUCUCUCUCCUAUUCCGGGAUUCACCAAAUGGCUUGUCGGUCUCCUGUCCUCGCAGUCAAAGGACUCUGGCAGAAGCAGCCCCUUCACAGAUCCCGAAUACAAAGAGAUCUCUGAGAUCACAGGGGAUCCUGCUGUCGAAACCCUAAAGCGUCUUCUAACAAACAGUGAGUGGGUGAGGUCGGAAAGACUGGUCCAUGCGCUACAGCCGCCGCUGAUGAGGCUGUGUGCCUGGUAUCUCUAUGGAGAGAAGCACCGCGGCUAUGCCCUUAACCCAGUGGCCAACUUCCACCUUCAGAAUGGCUCCGUGUUGUGGCGUCUGAACUGGAUGGCAGACACGAGCCCCCGUGGCAUCACUGCCUCCUGUGGCAUGAUGGUCAAUUAUCGCUAUUUCUUGGAGGAUACUACCAGCAACAGUGCUGCAUACCUGGGAUCCAAGCAGAUCAAGGCCUCUGAACAGGUCCUCUCCUUGGUGUCUCAGUUCCAGCAGAAUAGCAAACUUUAAGGCAGCCUUAAGGAGCAAAUACGUUUGAAUGAAACGGAAGUUUCUCGGUACUUCUGCUUGAAAAGAAGGGGUGUGGCUGAUAAACCUCCCUUAAUCAUUGCCCUUAAUCGCAGCAGGAUUUGGUAUGAAUUAGUCAAGCAGUUCUUGUUUCCUGGGCAUGCUUUACCAGAGAGGUGGAGAGGACGUUCUUGGCGGUGGUUGCUAUUUCAGGCGAAGUGAAAAGGCUGGGUUAGUGGAGUGGCAGGACAGUGGUGACUCCUGUGAACUGUGUGUUGUCCCUUGCCUUGCUCACUGAAUCAAUAGCCUUGUUUAAUCCACAUCUUCAAAAGAAGUGUUGAACACCUGAGCGCUCUGACACAUUAAAGGCAGGAGCAGAUCAAUACCAGAGUUACUAGAUAAAAGGGACAAGUAAGGAAAGACUUUUUGUCCAAAUGCACAAACAAAGCAGCCUCCCGCUAGUACUUCUCCAAUAAGAUGUUUGUUUUACGUGCCCGCAUCCACUGUUCUGUCUCCAGCCCUUUGAUCAGGCUGUCCACAAAAUGCAGCCGCUGACUUACUGCUCUGUUCAGAUGGAGGCUGGAAACAUCCGUGUGUGUGUUCUGACUCCUCACAAGUGCUCUCUGGACAACAUGUGUAGAAUGGAAGUGGCUGCAGCUUGCCAAUAACUGGCUUAUGAUUUCAUGAGCGACAUCCAGCAGUUCAAAAACUGAGAAGGAAGGAAUUGGCUGAUAAGGGCUUUAUCAUGUUUACAAAGACUUGUGUUAAACCUUAAUAGUUGUGCCUUUAAAAAGAGAAAACUUGAAGCUUUAUUUAAAAUAAAAAUGGAAAAGCAUUA